CUUCCAUCCAAUCCUCCCCAUACACCGAACUCUUCCUCCGUCGCGGCGACAGGUAUUACCGUUUCUUUCUCUCCUCUUCUCUUCUUCUCAUCUGGUCUCCAUCGACGGCGACAGGUAUGACCAUCUGUGGCAGAUGGAAACUCUACCUCGUUCAAUGAUUUGUCUUCUCUCUCUCCCUGCGGCUGAUGGGGAAGUUACGCAGAGUUCGGGACAUAAAUCCUCAGUGAUUCAGUCCUGCUUCAUCUCGCUCACAGAGCCUCAGACCCAGACCCACCCAGAAACCAGGGUCCUUUAAGUUUCAACGAGAUAAAAACAACUGAAAAUCCUCCUGUUAAAAACGGGUUUUCUUCCUGAUUCCAAAUUUCCUAACUAUAGCAACAACAGCAGAACAAUCUGUAGUUUGUCUGGUUCAUGCCACCUCUUGUGCUUAGGCUUCUCUUACCAUAUUUCAUGUUCAGUUUGCUCUUAUUAUCUUAGACUCAUCAGCCUGGUCUAGGAGACGGUUCAACCACCAUCUGAAUCAUGUUUCUUCGGCAAACUACAUUGACCAUUCCUUAUUUGAGAAGAUGCUUCAGGAGCAACCGCAGCCCUGAUCUUGAUAAUGCAAUUGCGGAGCUCAAUAAGGAAAUGGAAUCUGUCUUUGGUGAACCUCCAAUUAGCCAUGAUGGCUUGAGCAACUUAUCUACACAUCAAGAGCAUCAGUUGACUUUUCCAGAAGAAAGCAGAAGUGAGACGGUGCUGACCCACAUUACAAACACUGGGGAGGCCCAGAUGGUGGAUGUCUCUUCCAAGGAAGCCAGUAAGAGAGUUGCCGUUGCUGGUUGCAAGGUUAUGCUGGGAAAGAAGGUGUUUGAUUUGGUUUCUGCAAACCAAAUAGCUAAGGGAGAUGUACUCACUGUGGCAAAAAUUGCCGGAAUUAAUGGGGCAAAGCAGACUAGUAAUCUCAUUCCGUUGUGUCAUAACAUUGGUCUGACUCGUGUUCGUGUUGAUCUGGUACUGAAUGAUAAGGAUUUCAGUGUUGAGAUAGAAGGGGAAGCUGCAUCGACAGGGAAGACAGGAGUAGAGAUGGAAGCAUUAACGGCUGUGACAAUUGCCGGUCUCACGGUGUAUGACAUGUGCAAAGCUGCUUCAAAGGACAUUAGGAUCACUGAUGUGCAGCUUGAGCAUAAGAGUGGUGGUAAGAGUGGGGACUGGACCAGAAGGCAGUAAGUAGUUCUAGAGUUUUAUUGUGGAUUAAGCUUGUGAGGUACUUCCCUAACAAGGAAUAAAUUUGCUGUUUUCUUCA